CGGUUUCUCGACGGGCAAAUGUCAGGUUCCUCUUUCAGACCACACAACACAUCAACACAUUAAUGCAUGAUCUCUCUCUCUCUCUCUCCUUCUUCUUCCUCGUGCCAUCUUCUCCGUUUCUUCAGACGAGUCAUACAACCAACGAUCUCUCUCCCUCUCUCUCUGUCUCCACCUGUGUAUGUACACACGUGUAUUGAUCUUCGCUCUGCUCAAAGAUGGCGAGGCGCGGAAGUUGUUCGACGUUAUGCCUGAAAGAGAAAUUUCGUAGGCAAAACAACGAUUUCAGGUUUCGGAUGGUCAGAUUUUCCGAGAAGGCUGAUACUAAUUCCAGAAGGGGCAGCUUCUUCGAGCGCUCUAUCUCACUCGUUCUCUUACUCUGGUGCUUCCUCUUCCUCGUGUACUCCAAGCUUGGUCUUAGCCAUAAUCAUGGAGUCUCUAAAGAUACAAACCCAUUUUCUUUCGUAGAUAGAAUUGGGAAUCACGCGGAUGAAUCAGUCUCAAAGAUCCUAAAUUCCACGAGCUCUGGAGAUUCUGUCACCCCUCAAGCCACUGAGAAAGCAAACAACAACUAUUGUCUCCUGAGAAACGGCCGGUUAAGAGAUGUGUACGAGCAUGUUCUUGGGAACAACGCUUUGUUGAUCUGCAAAGUCGUGCUACAAGAAGGAAGAAGAAAGCACAAGACCCUGGAAGCCCGAGAUCGAGGAUAUGUCAACAAAACUCUCACAGUAAACGGCACGAGCGUGCCAUCACACCUAGUGAAUGCAACCCAUUACAGGUUAGAACCAGAUGGGACUGGUUAUAACUACGCUUCUGCUAUGAAGGGGGCAAAAGUAGUGGACCACAACAAGGAAGCCAAAGGAGCUAGCAAUGUUCUUGGCAAAGAUCAUGAUAAGUAUCUAAGAAACCCCUGUUCGGUGUCGAAUAAGUCAGUCGUGAUCGAGCUCGCGGAGGAGACGCUGGUUGACACGGUGAGGGUCGCGAAUUUCGAGCACUACUCUUCGAACCUCAAAGAGUUUAGCUUGUCCGGGAGCCUGAGCUACCCGACCGAGCUGUGGGCGCACGCUGGGAGUUUCGUGGCUGCGAAUGUCAAGCAGGUGCAGACAUUCCGGCUCCCGGAACCUAAAUGGUUGAGAUAUCUUAAGCUGAACUUGAUUAGUCACUACGGGUCUGAGUUUUACUGUACUCUGAGUGUUGUGGAGGUCUUUGGCAUCGAUGCUCUUGAGCAAAUGCUUGAGGAUCUGUUUGUUGGGUCAGAGACACUUCCCAGUAAACCAGCUAUGCUGGAACUGAAUCAUGUAGUAAAAACCAAAACCGCAGAUGAAAAUCAAGAUGGGGAAGUGAGAAACAAUAGGACAGAUCAGAUUGGGAAGGAGACUGGAGUUCAGAAGAAGAGAGAUGAUGUUGGGAAGACGAUUAAUAUCGUGGGAGACAAGAAAUAUGAAGUUAGGGAGAAGCAUAACGUUUUGAAACUGUUGAUGCAGAAAGUGAAGCUGAUUGAGAUGAAUCUAUCGGUUCUUGAGGACUCUGUGAAAGGAAUGAACGAGAAGCAACCAGAGUUUGGCUUGGAGAUGAAGAAAACCCUUGUGCUUGAAAAGGAACUUAGAGACCUCGAGCUAUGGAAAACUCUUGUAGUUUCCCGUGUAGAGUCGUUGGCCAGAGGAAACAAUGCGUUGAGGUCCGAUGUAGAGAAGAUUGAGAGAGAGCAAGCAAAUCUAGAGGGCAAAGAGGUUGGAGUUCUGUUGAUAAGUCUCUUUUUCGUGGUCUUGGCAACGAUUCGGCUGCUCUCAACGCGACUAUGGGCGUUUCUGGGGAUGUCUUUUACGGAUAAGUUGCGAUCGGUAUGGCCAGAUAGCGGUUGGGUCAUGAUACUGCUAAGCAGCAGCCUCGUGAUUUUCAUUACUUUGCUCUCUUAGUAUAGGACUUAGGCUUAGGUUUUUUUUUUUUUUUUAACACUGCCUUGGGAUUGAAGUUUUAUAGCCCUAGGAUUAGUUAGAAAAUAGAAAGCAAAACCACCCAACUAUUUGAGUUGGAGUUUAGUCGUUGAAAAAUUUCAGAUUCGCUGGUCUAAAUAGUUAUAAUGUACAACAAAAUUAAAUUUAUGUUAUUUACCAAGGCCCCGAUUGGUGCCUUAAAAG